AUGAAGAAGGGACAUGAAGAAAUUAUAUCAGAAGAACAAUUAGAAAAAGUGUCUAAGAAUAUUGAAGAAAAAAUACAACAACUAAAACAACAACCAAAAGAAAAUGAACAAAUUGUUGUUGGAAAAAGUCAAGUCAUUCAACAACCAGUAUCAAAUAUUCAACAAACUCAAUUUUCUAAUUUAACACCUGAAAUGCAACAACAGUUAAUGCAAAUGUUUGUUGCUCAACAAGAAAAAACAAAUGAAGACACAGUACCUCAAAUACAAAGAGGAAUAAAAAGAAAACGAAGAGAAAUUGAUGAUCAGUUAUAUAGACAAAUUCGUGAAAAAAGUGAGAAUGAACGAAGAGAAGUUGAAAAACUAACAAAUCCAAAUCAAAAUAUUCAUAAACUUCAUUCAUUAUUCAAUGAUUUACAAAGUUUAUCAACAAGUCUUGGAAUACCAAUUGAAACUCCAGAAAUAGUUGUUGUUGGGAUGCAAAGUGAUGGAAAAAGUAGUUUUAUUGAAGCACUUGUUGGGUUUCAAUUUAAUGUAGUUGAAUCAACCAUAGGAACUCGUAGACCAUUGUAUUUACAAAUGUCUAAUAACCCAAAACAACGUACACCAAAGUGUUGUUUUGCGAAUGAAAAUGGAAUUUUUGAAGAAAGGGAAAUUCCUGUAGAAUAUCUAAGUAAAGAAAUUGUAUCUCGAACAUGUGAUGUUGCAGGAAGAACAAGUGUAAGUAAUAAGCCAUUGAUAUUAAGAGUUGAAUUUAGUGGAUGUAGUAAUUUAACAAUCAUUGAUACUCCUGGGUUUAGGUUAGGAGGAGAUGAAGCAUUAAAAGAAAAUAUAGAUAAAAUGGUAAAAGAACUUAUAACACCUCCAAAUCGAAUAAUUGUUUGUUUAGAACAAUCAACUACAGAAUGGGCAAAUUCAGUUUCAAGACCACUUGUUAAAGAAAUUGAUCCAAAUUUUAAUAGAACUAUUUUAAUUAACACUAAAUUUGAUAAUAGAGUAAAAGAAUUAACUGAUAGUCAAACAGUUUCAAGUUAUUUAAAUGGAGAUGAAUUAAUUAUUGGAGAUAAAAAACCAUUUUUUAUUUCAUUACCAUGUAAGAGAAAUAUUCCAAUGGAACAAUUUUCAGAUUAUAUUAUUGAUUCAUAUAUAAAUGAUUAUCGUCAAUUACUUGAAAUUGGAUUUGAUGAAAUAAAAUAUCAUGAACAAUUAGGAUUUCCACGAGUAAAAAUAUUUCUAGAGAAUUUAUUACAAAAGAAAUACAAAGAAGCACUUAUUCCAACUCUUAAUAAAUUAAAUGGAUUUGUAAAUAAAUCACAAAAUGAAAUAAUUGAAAUAGAAAAGGAAAUGACACAUAUUGAUCCAUCAUUAUUAAGAAAAAGAAGUGUUAAAUUCAUUCAAAUAUUUACUAAAACAAUUAAAGAUUUACUUAAUGGAAAAUGUGGUAUUAAUCCAAUGAUUUAUGGACAAACAGCUCAAGAAGAAAAUCCAAAUUCAGAGUCAAAUGAUAAUUGUAAAUUAUGUGGAGGUGCACAAAUUCAACGAGUAUUAAAAAUUUAUGAAAACAAGUUAGAUACAAUGAAAUUUAAUGAACCAACAGAAGAUGAAAUUCGAGGAGCAUAUGGAAUGGGAACAAGUGAUGAACUUGCGGCUCGAGUAAUUGUGAUGAAUAUAUCAAAAAUUGCUAUUGAACCAUUAAUGCAAAAUGCUGUUGAAAAUGUUAGUAAAGUGAUAGAACGUUUUUUUGAUAUUUGUAUUAAUAUCAUUAAAGAUUUACCAAAAGAUCCAAUAAUACCACAAUCAAAUCCAGAAGAUUUAUUUAAAUUAGAAAUGAAAACAAAUAAUAUUGAAAAUGGAAUUAUUGGAUUAACUCGAUUUGAAGGAUUUCUAAAUGUUUUAAAACAAGGAUAUUUAUCAUUUAUUAUAAAAUUAAAAAUGGAAUGUUUAGAAAAGUUAAUGGAUGACUUUGAUGCAUGUAUUAAUUCUGUUGAAUUUAAAAAAGAUAUUACUAUUCAAGAAGAAGAUAAUUUAUGUGAAAAUAUUAGUCAGAUAAAAGUUACUGUAAUUGCACAAGAAUUAUUUCAGAUAAUUAAAUCAAGAAUGACUUCAAUUAUUAUUGGUAAAAUUAAAACAUUUUUAGUAUAUCCAAUUGAAGAACAAUUAUUAUCUUGGUUAUUAGAUGGAUUUUUAGAAUUAGAAUCGGAUCAAUAUGAGAAAGUAUUUAAUUUUAAUGAAGAAUCAUUAAAAUUACAAUUAGAGAAAUUAAAACAACAACAUAUAAUUUGUCAACAAAAUUAUAUGAAAUUCAAUUCAAUGAUAAAGGAAAUAGAAAUGACUCAAAACCAAUCUAAGAACGCUAUGGAAGUAGAGUAUUAA